CCUCGGGCGGAGCCCGGCCGGCAACCAGCCGCUGACCCCCACCUUUGGACGAAGCCGGGUCCCCCAGGUCCGCUUGGGCGCGAAACAGGAGACCCCAGCCUCCAGCGUCCCGGGGCUCGGGAGCGCACCUGACCCGGCGGGCGUGGCUACGGGCGUGGCGGCGGGGCUGACGUGGCCCCGCGGCGUGGAAGCGGCGUGAUUCAUCAGUGGCCGCGGAGCGCGAUGGGGACGAGCGCAGCGGCCGCCUAGGCGCGUCCUCCGCACGCUCUCCGGGUCGGGUGGCCCGGCUCUGGGAAGGCCAAGAUGGAAGAGAUCUUGAGGAAGCUGCAGAGGGACGCGUCCGGGAGCAAACACAAAGCCAUCAAGGAGAGCUGCACCUGGGCCUUGGAAACCCUGAGUGGCCUGGACACCAUUGUGAAGAUCCCUCCCCACUUGCUGAGGGAGAAAUGCUUGCUGCCUCUCCAGUUGGCCCUGGAGUCAAAGAAUGUGAAGCUGGCCCAACAUGCUUUGGCAGGGAUGCAGAAGCUCCUGGCAGAAGAGAGGUUCGUAUCCAUGGAGACAGACUCUGAUGAGAAGCAGCUGCUCAAUCAGAUCCUGAAUGCCGUGAAAGUGACGCCUUCGCUCAACGAAGACCUGCAGGUGGAAGUGAUGAAGGUUUUACUGUGCAUCACCUACACCCCAACGUUUGACCUCAAUGGGAGUGCCGUGCUGAAGAUCGCAGAGGUGUGCAUCGAGACCUACACCUGCAGCUGUCACCAGCGCAGCAUCAACACGGCUGUGCGCGCCACUCUCAGUCAGAUGUUGAGCGACUUGACUUUGCAGUUACGGCAGAGGCAGGAGAACACGAUAAUUGAAAACCCAGAUGCCCCACAGGACUUCGGGAGUCAAGGCUUAACAGUAGAGGCCCUUUGUGAUGAUGUUGUCUCUGUCCUGGCUGUCCUGUGUGAGAAGCUACAAGCCUCCAUAAAUGACAGCCAGCAGCUGCAGCUUCUGUACCUGGAAUGCAUCCUCUCCGUGCUCAGCAGCUCCUCCUCCUCCAUGUACCUGCACCGGGGCUUCACUGACCUCAUCUGGAAAAGCCUCUGCCCUGCUCUCGUUGUGAUCCUGGGGAACCCCAUUCAUGACAAAACCAUCACCUCUGCUCACAGCACCGGCACCAGCACCAACAUGGAGUCGGACUCUGCCUCUCCUGGUGUGUCUGACCACGGCCGAGGCUCAGGCUGCUCUUGCACUGCGCCUACCCUCAGCGGACCUGUGGCCCGCACCAUCUACUACCUUGCAGCUGAGCUCGUCCGCUUAGUGGGGUCCGUGGAUUCCAUGAAGCCCGUGCUCCAGUCCCUCUAUCACCGUGUGCUCCUGUAUCCCCCACCCCAGCACCGUGUGGAAGCCAUCAAGAUCAUGAAAGAGAUACUUGGAAGCCCACAGCGUCUGUAUGACUUGGCAGGACCAAGCUCUACUGAGUCAGAACCAAGGAAAAGAUCCAUUUCCAAAAGAAAGUCUCACUUGGAUCUUCUCAAACUCAUCAUGGAUGGUAUGACGGAGGCUUGCGUCAAAGGUGGCAUUGAAGCCUGUUACGCUGCUGUGUCCUGCGUCUGCACCUUGCUGGGGGCCCUGGAUGAACUGAGCCAGGGGAAGGGCUUGAAUGAGAGUCAGGUACAGCUGCUGCUUCUGCGCCUCGAAGAGCUGAGGGAUGGGGCCGAGUCAAGCCGCGACUCCAUGGAGAUCAAUGAGGCUGACUUCCGCUGGCAGCGGCGAGUGCUGUCUUCAGAGCACACGCCGUGGGAGUCAGGCCAUGAGAGGAGCCCAGACAUCAGCAUCAGUGUCACCACAGACACUGGCCAGACCACCUUGGAGGGGGAAUUGGGUCAGACAACACCUGAGGACCACAAGAACGGGCUCAAGUCACCAGCCAUUCAGGAAAGCAAGGAGACCAUGAGCAAAGUGUCCGAACCUGAGGCCAUCGACCAGCCCGACGUAGUUCAGAGAAGCCACACAGUCCCUUACCCUGACAUCACUAACUUCCUGUCAGUAGACUGCAGGACAAGGUCCUAUGGAUCCAGGUACAGUGAGAGCAACUUCAGUGUAGACGACCAAGACCUGUCGAGGACAGAAUUUGACUCCUGUGAUCAGUAUUCCAUGGCAGCAGAAAAGGACUCCGGUAGGUCUGACGUGUCGGACAUUGGGUCGGACAACUGUUCACUGGCUGAUGAAGAGCAGACCCCUCGGGACUACAUGGGCCAUCGGUCCCUGCGAACGGCCGCUCUGUCUCUCAAGCUGCUGAAGAACCAGGAGGCUGACCAGCACAGUGCUCGGCUGUUUGUACAGUCCCUCGAGGGCCUCCUUCCCCGGCUCCUAGCCCUGUCCAGUGUGGAAGAGGUGGACUCGGCCCUGCAGAACUUUGCCUCCACUUUCUGCUCAGGCAUGAUGCACUCUCCUGGCUUUGAUGGAGGCAGCAGCCUGAGCUUCCAGAUGCUGAUGAAUGCAGACAGCUUGUACACUGCGGCACACUAUGCCCUCCUGCUCAACCUCAAGCUCUCCCACGGCGACUAUUACCGGAAGCGGCCAACCCUGGCACCGGGCAUGAUGAAAGAGUUCAUGAAACAGGUGCAGACCAGCGGCGUGCUGAUGGUCUUCUCCCAGGCCUGGAUUGAGGAGCUGUACCACCAGGUGCUCGACAGAAACAUGCUGGGUGAAGCUGGCUACUGGGGCAGCCCUGAGGACAACAGCCUUCCCCUCAUCACCAUGCUCACUGAUAUUGAUGGCUUGGAGAGCAGUGCCAUCGGUGGCCAGCUGAUGGCAUCCGCUUCCAUGGAGUCGCCUUUCACCCAGAGCAGGAGGAUUGAUGACUCCACGGUGGCAGGUGUGGCCUUUGCGCGUUAUAUCUUGGUUGGCUGCUGGAAGAACCUGAUUGAUACGCUGUCAACCCCCUUGACGGGUCGAAUGGCAGGAAGCUCCAAGGGGCUGGCCUUCAUCCUAGGAGCUGAGGGCAUCAAAGAGCAGAACCAGAAGGAACGGGAUGCCAUCUGCAUGAGCCUCGACGGGCUUCGGAAAGCCGCACGGCUGAGCUGUGCACUAGGGGUCGCUGCUAAUUGCGCUUCAGCUCUUGCCCAGAUGGCAGCCGCCUCCUGUGUCCAGGAAGAGAAAGAAGAGAGGGAAGCCCAGGAGCCCGGUGAUGCCAUAGCACAAGUGAAGCUGAAGGUGGAGCAGAAACUGGAACAGAUGGGGAAGGUGCAGGGGGUGUGGCUGCACACGGCCCACGUCUUGUGCAUGGACGCCAUCCUCAGCGUAGGCCUGGAGAUGGGAAGCCACAACCCGGACUGCUGGCCACACGUGUUCAGGGUAUGUGAGUAUGUGGGCACAUUGGAGCACACCCACUUCAGCGACGGUACCUCCCAGCCCCCUCUGACCAUCCGUCAGCCACAGAAGACAUCCGGGAGCUCCGGCCUCCUUGGGGACCUUGAGUGUGAGGACUCAUCUCAGGAGCAGACCCUGGAGCAGGGCCCCUCCCUGAGCGCAGCCCCUGUGGUCCAGCCACGCUCCAUCCAGGAGCUGGUUCGGGAAUGUAGCCGGGGCCGGACCUCAGACUUCCGGGGAGGCAGUCUGAGUGGGAACAGUGCCGCCAAGGUGGUACUCUGCCUUUCCACCCAGGCCGACAGGCUCUUUGACGAUGCUACAGACAAGUUGAACCUGUCGGCCUUGGGAGGGUUCCUCUACCAGCUAAAGAAAGCGUCUCAGUCCCAACUCUUCCACUCCGUGACAGACACCGUCGAUUACUCUCUGGCAAUGCCAGGAGAAGUUAAGUCCACCCAGGAUCGCAAGAGCGCUCUGCAUCUCUUCCGCCUGGGGGAUGCCAUGCUGAGGAUCGUGAGGAGCAAGACACGGCCCCUGCUCCACGUGGUGCGCUGCUGGAGCCUUGUGGCACCACACCUGGUGGAGGCCGCCUGCCAUAAAGAGCGCCACGUGUCUCAGAAGGCCGUUUCCUUCAUCCAUGACAUCCUGACCGAGGUUCUCACGGACUGGAGUGAGCCGCCUCACUUUCACUUUAACGAAGCGCUCUUCCGGCCCUUCGAGCGGAUCAUGCAGCUGGAGCUGUGUGAUGAAGAUGUCCAAGACCAGGUGGUCACCUCCAUCGGGGAGCUGGUUGAGGUGUGCUCCACGCAGAUCCAGUCAGGCUGGAGACCCCUGUUCAGUGCUCUGGAGACAGUGCACAGUGGGAACAAGUCGGAGGUGAAGGAGUACCUGGUUGGGGACUACUCCAUGGGAAAAGGCCAGGCACCCGUGUUUGAUGUGUUCGAAGCCUUCCUCAACACCGACAACAUCCAGGUCUUUGCGAACGCAGCCACUAGUUACAUCAUGUGCCUUAUGAAGUUUGUCAAAGGGCUGGGGGAGGUAGACUGUAAAGAGAUUGGAGACUGUGUCCCAGGAGUGGGAGCCACAUCCACAGACCUGUGCCUGCCUGCUUUGGAUUACCUCAGACGUUGUUCUCAGUUAUUGGCCAAGAUCUACAAGAUGCCCUUAAAGCCAAUAUUCCUAAGCGGGCGACUUGCCAGCUUGCCACGAAGGCUUCAGGAGCAGUCGGCGAGCAGUGAGGAUGGAAUUGAAUCAGUCCUGUCGGAUUUUGAUGACGACACCGGUCUGAUAGAAGUUUGGAUCAUCCUGCUGGAGCAGCUAACCGCAGCUGUGUCCAACUGUCCCCGGCAGCACCAGCCACCAACCUUAGAUUUACUCUUUGAGCUGUUGAGAGAUGUCACCAAAACCCCCGGCCCAGGGUUUGGAAUCUAUGCGGUCGUUCACCUUCUUCUUCCUGUGAUGUCCCUGUGGCUCCGUCGUAGCCACAAGGAUCACUCCUACUGGGAUGUGGCAUCUGCUAACUUCAAGCAUGCCAUCGGUCUGUCCUGCGAGCUGGUGGUGGAGCACAUUCAAAGCUUCCUACACUCAGACAUCAGGUAUGAGAGCAUGAUCAACACCAUGCUGAAGGAUCUCUUUGAGCUACUGGUGGCAUGUGUGGCCAAGCCCACAGAAACCAUCUCCAGAGUUGGCUGUUCCUGCAUUAGGUAUGUCCUUGUGACCGCGGGUCCUGUGUUCACUGAGGAAAUGUGGCGACUUGCGUGCUGUGCCCUGCAGGAUGCGUUCUCUGCCACGCUCAAACCAGUCAAGGACCUGCUAGGCUGCUUCCACAGUGCCACGGAGGGCUUCAGUGGCGAAGGCUGCCAGGUACGGGUAGCAGCCCCAUCCUCCUCCCCGAGUGCUGAGGCAGAGUACUGGCGCAUCCGGGCCAUGGCCCAGCAGGUAUUUAUGUUGGACACCCAGUGCUCACCGAAGACUCCAAACAACUUCGAUCAUGCUCAGUCCUGCCAGCUCAUCAUUGAACUGCCUCCUGAUGAGAAACCCAAUGGGCACGCCAAGAAAAGCGUCUCUUUCAGGGAGAUCGUGGUGAGCUUGCUCUCUCACCAAGUACUGCUCCAGAACCUGUACGAUGUCCUGCUGGAAGAGUUUGUCAAAGGCCCCUCUCCAGGAGAGGAGAAGACCUCGGUCCAAGUGCCGGACACCAAGCUGGCCGGCUUCCUCCGAUACAUCUCCAUGCAGAACCUGGCUGUGAUAUUUGACCUGCUGCUGGACUCCUACAGGACUGCCCGGGAGUUCGACACGAGCCCAGGGCUGAAGUGCCUGCUGAAGAAAGUGUCCGGCAUCGGAGGCGCCGCCAACCUGUACCGCCAGUCGGCCAUGAGCUUUAACAUUUACUUCCACGCCCUGGUGUGCGCGGUCCUCACCAACCAGGAAACCAUCACUGCCGAGCAAGUGAAGAAGGUCCUCUUCGACGAGGAGGAGAGAAGCUCAGAUUCCUCACAGCAGUGCUCUUCGGAGGAUGAAGACAUCUUUGAGGAGACCGCCCAGGUGAGCCCCCCGCGAGGCAAGGAGAAGAGGCAGUGGAGGGCACGGCUGCCGUCGCUCAGCGUGCAGCCCGUGAGCAACGCGGACUGGGCGUGGCUGGUCAAGAGGCUGCACAAGCUGUGCAUGGAGCUCUGUAACCACUACAUCCAGAUGCACCUGGACCUGGAGAGCAGCUUGGAGGAGCCACCCACCUUCAAGAGCGACCCCUUCUUCAUCCUCCCCUCCUUCCAGUCGGAGUCGUCCACCCCGUCCACGGGUGGCUUCUCCGGGAAAAAUACGCCCUCGGAAGACGACCGCAGGGAGCACCUAAGUGAGCCCCUGAGCCUGAGGGUGGGCAGCGGGGACAUGCUGAUGCUGCCUCCCAGCCCCAAGACCGAGAAGAAGGAUCCAGGCCGCAAGAAAGAGUGGUGGGAAAGCGCCGGGAACAAGAUUUGCACCAUGGCUGCGGACAAGACCAUCUCAAAGCUGAUGACUGAGUACAAGAAAAGGAGGCAGCCGCACAACCUGCCUGCCUUCCCCAAGGACGUCAAGGUGGAUAAGAAGGGGGAGCCCCUGGGGCCCCGCGGUCCCGAUUCACCACUGCUUCAGCGGCCACAGCAUCUUAUGGACCAAGGGCAGAUGCGCCAUUCCUUCAGCGCAGGCCCAGAGCUGCUGAGGCAGGAAAAGAGGCCCCGCUCCGGCUCCACAGGGAGCUCCCUGAGUGUCUCUAUUCGAGAUGCAGAGGCACAGAUCCAGGCAUGGACCAACAUGGUGCUAACCGUUCUCAAUCAGAUUCAAAUCCUUCCAGACCAGACCUUCACAGCGCUCCAGCCAGCGGUGUUCCCGUGCAUCAGCCAGCUGACCUGUCACGUGACUGACAUCAGAGUCCGUCAAGCUGUGAGGGAAUGGCUGGGGAGAGUGGGCCGUGUCUACGACAUCAUCGUUUAGAGGACUCAGAUCCCCGUGGUCAGAGUCUGCCUGCCCGUCCAGCUGAUUGCAUUUUUCCUCCCACCAGCCCACUCAGACUAGGUCUCUGAGAAACUAGUUCUCUGAAACCUAGGACAAAGCUUUUUCCAAGCUCUCCCUAAUUAGCCUUGGGCUAGUCUGGAUGCCAAAGUGGUAUCCAAGUGACACGGUGAUCUCUGGCCUUGCACAUUAUUACAGAAGAGUCUGCAUUCCUUGAUACAUUUCUAAAUCUAAACUUAAUUUCCAAGUGCAUUUGCUUGCAGUAUUAUACCCAAAAUGGGUCGUUUUCAACAACUCUCCUUUAGAAGCCCUAGGCCGGUCCAUUUAAUCCAUCAUUUUCAAAAUCAAUGUAAGUCCUAAGGAAACAUUUGCUGGUAAGUCAAGCUGAUACACAUUCGAUCAGAAGAAUGUUUAUAUUCUGAUUAUAGUUUGGUUGGGAAGAAAACUGCAAAAGUGUAUUUUUCCAAUGUUCUAAUCAAGAAAAAUGACUUCUAAAAUGUAUUCAGGAACAUUUCAACCUUAUGAUUAAGUUGUUAAGAUUUUCAGGUUAUUAUUCACAACUUCCCCAGGUAAGGUACAGUUGUGCCUUUAUUUCUCUGUUUCUAAAGGAAGGAAAUUCUUUCCUAGCAUGAUUUUUAAGUCUGUGGCUCGGCAGCGCUUGAAGCACCCAGGGGUGCGCACAGUCACAAGACUUUGAUACUGACUACCCUGUGUCCCAUGAGUCUUUGCUUCUGUUCCCAAGGCAGGCAAAGAAAAAUGGUGCCUUAGUCUUUUGUUGCACAGACAUUUCUAUGCCCCACAACAUUAUCUGAACAUAAGGUAUGACACUCGGAGCUUAAGAAAGAUUAAGAUGCAAUUCAUUUUAUAUCAGUAUCCUUGGGAGGACGUGAACUCAGUCCUCCACCUGGUGAGCAUACCUCUCAGGGGAGGGGCAGGAAGUGUGGGGUGGGGGAUACAGCUGGAAGGGGUGGGCUAGGGACUGUGACAGAAUCGUUGUAAAUCUUCAACUACAAUACAGUUGUGAAAUGUUGGUGUCGGUUAUGCAAACUCCAGACCGAGUGGGAAGGGACAAAAUGAAUUUAGGAAACUAUUUUUUUUUUCUAUAUAUGAAACACUUCUCUCUAGCAGAGUUACUCUCUUUUAACUCAUGUGAUUCAGGCCAAUAUUUUAAAUGUCUAUUUCUUUUUGUAAGUAUUAUUAGAAAGUUCAUUUGAAACAUAGAAUCAUAUCCGUUGGGGGUUAGGAAUUGAGUCUGAGGGUCAGUCCCUCAUACUUAGGAACCACUGAGCAUCCCCACAGCCCUUACCAUAUGUUUUGUAUGUUUCUUACAUUAUAAUAAAAACUAAAGCUUUUCAGACAAGCCAACUUAAACUCCACAGUGUAGGAUUAGUUACUGAGGCAGAUGUGGCCUAAAAAUGUAUUCACACAGCAUCCUCUAAAAAUGAAACUUCCACGCUUCAGUAUUGAAGGAGUUAACAGAGGUUGAACUUUAUCCAGUGAUAAUAUUCAUAAAUGUUGCCCUCCAUGAGAACUACGUAACUAUCUACAAGGUCAAAAGCAAGGUGCUUUGGCUUGCUUGGGUGGUCAAAAAGAAAUCUCCGUUCAGCAUGCCCCCUAAGCAGAUCACCGAAUCUGGGGGACGUUUUCCUAGUCCCACAAAACAAUCUCUGCCUUCAGAGACAGGGACUCAACUUAGAUUAUUACCCAAGUUUAAAAAUUGAUCUAAACAGAUGUUUUGGCUCCUCUGUUUUCUAGUGCUGGGAAUCAACCCAGGGUCCCAUAAAAGGCACGCAAAUGUUCCCCACCACUGAGAUGCAUCCCCGUCUCUCAACUAUAUUUGUUUGAAUAAGCAAUGAAUUCUUUUAUCUACAAUUUUAGAUUUUUAUAUACCUUGUAAAUGUAGUUGAGAGUUAAAGAUUUUGCUUUGUCUUUCUCAACAAAAGCAGUAUAAUUUUUGUUGAGUUAUAGCUGUUUAAUUUUGUAGAUUCUUCGGGGAUCUGUUCUUGGUCUGCCUAUAAGUACCUCACUUUACUGGAAAGAGAGCCGCGGUUAACCACAUUACAGAAUUACAGCAUGUCACAAAAUGUGACCUUUCGUGAAGUAUAUUAGCCAGUUUCCUUGUACAUAUGUCCCAGAAGUAAAACCCUGUUCUCUCACAGACUGGCUAGAAAAGCAUGCGAGACUAGCUUGUGAAAGUGUUCUCUAACAUCCCGAGUGUGGCCUGAGAAUAAAAAGAUGAGAUGUAGCCAAUGUUGGACCCAAGAUGUCCUUACCUGCAAUGUUGGCAACAUUGGCAGAUCUUCCCAUCAUCCUCUGAGAGUCCCUUCCAAGUCCCACAUUGUUCUCAGACCGCCCCCAAAGCUCUCUGUACUCCAGAGAAGACAUCUGCAUCCUUCAGAGUCCAGCUAGAGGGAGGGAUUUAUGGUUUCAAAUGGAACAUUGAUCAGUGCAAAGUAAUGGCCAGUGAGUGAGUAGUCCGUCCUUCAGGUGAGAGGACACACAGGUAACCAGGCCCCUCCCCUCACUGCCAAUCAGUCCCUCUCAGUAGCUAGUCUCAGCCUCUACCCUUCUCUCACUCAGCGUCUGAAUGGAACCAGUGUUGUUUCCUGAGUCACAUAGGCUGAAGGUCAAGGUAGGGUUUUGAACUUUAAAACAGUCAUCAUCUCUGUAUGUACCGAGGCGAGCAGAUCACGGUUUUGCACGUUGCUUCUCUUAUAUUUACUGCCAAAGUUUUAUUGCUUGAGGUUGAAAUGUUCUGCCUCCUUUGCUUAGAGAACUGCGCAUCAUGAAACAGGGAACCCAGCACCACAAAACCAGGCAGCCCAGGGGCCUAGCUAUCAGCCCAGCAGGGUGCACACUCUCAAUCCCAGUCCUCAUGAGGUGGGAGCAGGAAGAUAGAAAUUCAAAGCCAGCCUGGGCUACAUGGGCUGAAGCCAGCCUGGGCUACAUGAGGGCCUGUAGAGCAAGCUGUCAGGUUUAAUAGUGGAUCACAGAGCCUCACUUAGCCCCUUGCAGCUCAGUUUUUAGCCAUGUUUAGGCUGUCCCUUGACACGCUGUUUUCUUGUUCCCUUCACGAGAGACACAGCUUUCUUCAUGAAUGCCAAAUGUUACCAUUUUGGGGGUCAUUUAGUCACUAGCGACUCAGGAAGAUGCUAACAGACACUACAGCUCAACUUAAAAUAUUUUAAAUCAAGCCAGACUUACGUCUCUGAUCCCAGCACCGGAGAGGCUAAGAAAACAAGAGGAUUGGAAUGAGUGCAAGGCCAACUGGAGUGAGUUCCAGGACAGCCUGGGCUACAGUGUAAGAGCCUGUCUCAAAACCACAAAUGUUAAUGUCCAAAGUCCUUUUAACUUAGAUUUGCUGGUAUGAUGAUCAACACAUGCUUUUUGUUUAAAAAAAAAAAAAAUACUUCCACAGUCAAUGAAGAGAGUCCAAUAGCCUUAAUUACAGGAAGGUAAUACAGAUCCAUCGUCUCCCCCAAAAGAGAACAGCACUACUUAGAAAUCAUUCCUUUUUAAGCCAGAAAACCUAUGGCUGGAGAAAUAGCUCAGGGGUUAAGAGCACUUGCUGCUCUUGCAGAAGACUCGGGUUUGGUUCUCAGCUCUCACAUGGUGACUCAGAACUAUCUCUUACUCCAAUUUCAGGGAAUAUGAUGCCUUCUUCUGGCCUCUGGGGGCACCAGGCACACACAUGGUAUGCAUACAUACAUGCAAAUACUCAUAAAAUAAAAAUAGUUGCUGAAAAAAAAGGAAAAAUCUUCUAUCAGUCCAACCAAACUAAACAGAAUGAAGAUCUUUUUUGAAAGAGGUGACACCCUGGGUUACUUUAUAAAACCAGGGUUUUCUCCUAGUCUAGUUCACAGAUCCAGAGAGGUUCGUGAUUUGCUCAGGAUAACAAAUAAAAGGCAAAGUGGUUUGCAAAGAAGUAUCCCUGAACACAAAGGUCACACUUUCUCAUAUAUUGAACUGUCAAUACUGAGUAAGAUCUGCAGCAAGAGAGAAUGGGAAAACUGCAAGGCCUUCCUUAGACGAUUAAAAUGAAAAUAUUUGCUUCCUGGACCUAUCUGGAGUAUUAUGCAGAUUUUAAAAGUAAUGUCUUUAUAAUGUAUACCAAAAUCUAGAUGUUAACCCUAAAGAAAAUAUUUAGUGUUACAUUAAAACCCCAGUAAUGUUAGAAACAAUGGGGUCCCUGCCACGCCUGGAUGACUGUAAAUACAGAGAAACAUGGCAGCCUGCAUGGGCAUGUGUAAUUAAUUCAGGAACCUUUUCACGUAUCAUUUAAUCAACAAAGUGCCCCGUAGCCAGUGGAGCCCCUUUGCCAGCUUCUCUGGCAAGUGCCAAGCCAAGGUCCCCAUCAAAGCUUGGAGACACACAGAAUAAUCCAUCCCCAAAAAUGUACACAUCCUCGGAGUAGGAAACAGCAAUUUGUACAAAACAGACCUAAGUUCCAGGUAGGACAGUACGUGUGGGACCAUGUGCCACACCCCAACAUUUCUGCUUACUGCCAUAGGUGAAGAAGGAGGUGAGGACUCCAGAGUCCUGCAGAAACCUGAGGACACAAAUGUGUUUGGGAACCACGUAGCAGGAACCCAGCAAGAUUUAGGGUGGCCUUAGAAUAGUAAAGUCACAUUUUUUUAGCAUUUUUUUUAUUGAAAAUAUGAACUUGAUAUUGGGAAAGAUUUAUAAAAUUGGUAAAGGGUUUGAUUUAUAAUUAUGCCCUCUUAGAAAAUAAAUUGCCCUUAUUCAUAGUAGAUCAGUCUAGGAAAAGGUUGUUUUUAAGAAAUCCCCUUGCUCGGGCCAUCUUGUAGUGUUUGCAGUUGAUAUAAAGGUACCUAAAAAUUUCAUUGACAUGUUGGGCUAGAAACACCAAUUAGAUGUUCAAAAUAUAAACACAUUACUUUGUCUGUUUUUCCUAAAGACAAAAAUCAUGCACACCCAAGAUGAUUCAGGAGAAACUAAGUUGAGAACAAUGUUUCAUUUCUUUAUGAACAGGAUACCGCUUAUUAAAAGACAAAACUAUGACAACAGUAGCACCCUACAAAACCUGUCACUGUAUCUUCCUAUCAUCACGCAGUGAGGUUCCAGGGAGAAGGGGCUGGCUGGCCUCAACACUUAAGGUCCCGUCUAGUCAAGGUCCUUCAAAUCUCAAGAACUGUUUUGCUCUGUGAGUUCCUGUCCUGUCAGUUGAGCCAACAGUGUCUAGUUUCUUUCGUCUGAAGAACAGUGGUUCUCAAACUUUUAGCAUACAUCCAAAUUCACCUAAGGGUUUGUUAGACCACAGAUGCCCAGUUUCUGAUUCUCUCCAUUCAGCUAUCUGCAUUUCUAGCCAACUCCCAGGUGAAGCCAUUGCUGCUGCUGCUCUGGGAACCACAGGCUAGAAAUCACUGACUUUUCACAUCAACCUGACUUAUCAAGCACUAAACUAAACUGACCCAUGGGCGGACAGUUUGGGAUUAGAUUACUUACAACAUUCCAGUUCCCCGCUCCCAGUUUUAUUAUACCAAUAAUUGGUCCCUAUAUACUAGAAGACAAUGAAUGUAUAUGUUGUAUGGAACAGUGAGAUAAGUCCAAGCUUCUCGUCUUUGUAUUUAGAAAUUAAUUCUAUGAAUGAUUGUUUGUAUCCUGUUGACCCUUUGAUUUGUACUGAAGGUAAUCAAGUUUAUGUGGUUUUUGCAUUCCUUUCUAUAUCAUUUUAAUGAGAUGUUUCCAUGUACGGCUCCAUUACAGCCUGGCUCCUGGCUUACAGAGGUUUUUCAGUAGUUGCUUGCUCGUCAGUUCCUUUACAUCUUGAAUUGGUCAUUAACAUUUCAGCAUUUCAAAAUGCUCUGACACUUCUGGGGGUACCCUUGUCUUUCCCUUAACUGUGUGGUGUAAGUUAGUGUUUUAGUUUCAUGUUUAUUUGUAAAGAGUCUACUAAAUGGCUUUGUGGAAAUUUCCAAAAUGAAACAAUUCCUUUUGAGCAGUAGAUAUAACUGUCUUGACUUUUCAGUAAAUAUUGUGUUUAUAAAGAUAUCAGCACAAUGUAAACUAAUCCUUAUUCCAUCUGAUGGGACUAUAGAAAAGUCAAUCUUUGUACUUUGAGAAUCCAGUGAAAUGUUAACCCAAAUACAGAUGGGGCCUAAGUUUAUACUUUAACUCUCUUGCUCAGUUAAUGAGCUCUAGAAAUUCAUUUUUGAUUAAAACUUAAGGACCAUAUAAUAGGAAGAGGAAGAACUGAUGAUCUGUAUUUUUACUAAAUUAAACACCCAAGUAAAUUAAAAAUCGAUUAAUGUAAUCCCAGCUACUCAGGCUUGCCUGGACAACAUAGUGAGAUUCCAUCUCAAAAAUAAGAAAUAAACACAAGUGAAAAAAAAAAGAGGAACAAAUCAAGGAUUCAAGAGAAAUGUAAUUACUCUAAAUAUUGCCCAUUUAUAAACUACAUUAGUUCCGUAUAAUUCUCAUGACCCAAUAAAGUUUCUAUUUACGUCAUUUAGACUGUUAUUUGAAUGGAAGGCGAUCAUUUCUAGAUACUUGAAAUCAGUGAAAGCUUAUGAGAAUGUUAAUGGUGUCAAGGAUUCAUCUUUGACUUUGUGGUUGAAAAUAAUUGUUUUUAUUAUUUCCUUUUUGUUUCCCGUAGCAAUUUAAAAGCUAUGCACAUAUUUAAUUCUGAUUUCAAUUACAUUUUAAAACUCAAUCUCUGUGGAGAAUUUAUUUCUAAGCCAUUUCAUCAACUGUUGCCAAAAAGGAGGACGAGAACCUGAAAGCCAGCCUAGGUUUUCUCUUAGACCUAGGGAGGUUUAAACCCUUGAUCCCAUCAGCUACCAGUGACCAUCCACACUCACCUCAGGUCUGUGUUCACCCUCUGUCACUGUUUUCCCGCACGGUUCUUUCCUCUGGUUCACUUUGAAAUCAGUAUGGUAACAAUCAGUUCCCUGCUAUGUGGUUACUUUUAAUCAAAGAUGAAUGAUUUGGGUGUUUGGGUUCCUCUUCCAUUGGGACCCUGUGGUUAGAAUAUUCAGUGUGGCCUGAUAGGGUAGGAGGGGGUGCCAGGGGGAAAGGAAAGGUUACUUUUCUUUCUUUCUUUCUUUCUUUCUUUCUUUCUUUCUUUCUUUCUUUCUUUCUUUCUUUCUUUCUUUCUUUCUUUCUUAUUCUUCUUUCUUCCCUUCUUUGUGCUUGGGUAUGGUGGGGAGCUAAAACUCAAAUGUUUAUUCCCCUAACCAUGCCAAAUAUCUUAUAUUUCACAAUGAUUUUUCUAAGAGGAAUAAACAAAUUACAUUUCAGACAGGUCCCCUACUCCUAUCCCCACUUGAAAUACAACUGCUAGGGAGUAGAAUUCCUUUUAUCCAUUCUUGUAUUAUACCAAAGAAUGAACUUAUUUUCAUUAAAAAUUAUGAAUAAAUGAAGCUAAGUAUAGCCAUAACGAUUGAGUAGAUUUACCAUUUUACCUAUUAAGAUGGACGAUUCAUCUUUGCAACCAAUUCACCAGGAGCCUUGAAUUGUUUUGUUUACUCCAAAGGCCUGUCCAGGAAGUAUCAUUUUUGUUUCGACUUAAUACUUAGCCACAUUCACAUUUACCAAGUCCUGAAAACCACUCUCCUUCAAGUGUUGAUAUAACUGUUUGGUUUGAUAUAAUCUGUCAGUUCACUGUUUUCCAGGUCUCUGUAAGCAAGCUUGCAAGUGUAUUUUGUGUAUAUUUUAUCUGAAGUGAAAAACGAAUUCUAAAGAGAAAAUAUUUUAAAAGAUACUGUAUUUAUGUCGCUUGUGUUGUAGAAUAAAGAUUCAAAUGCAUCAAAAA